UAUUAUACUGGCUGGUGUGCUGGAUGGUAAUCGUUCGCGAAACGACGCGACCGUGGAAGUUCCUCUCGCGAACGUGCAUAUCCGUUAAUUAUCCCGAGAUCUCGCGCGUGCAGUUCCGUGAACCGACUUCCGGCAUUGAGAGCGGAAAUCGAUCGAAGGUGGCAAGUGGAGUUCUAACGCUCAGCUGGACCCACGCUAGAACCUUGCUCUCUCUCUCUUUCUCUUUGUUUGCCGAAAUCCUUCUAUCGGCGUGGACGAGCUGCGAGUCCUUGUUUCGCCGACGUUUACAUCAGUGUUUCAUCGGUACACUCACGAUUACGUUUUCGCAAUCGAUUUGCAAUCGAUUUACCGUAAUUUUCUCUGAAAAUUUGCUCUGAAAAUGUGACGCGACAGCUGAAUCCGAUAGGGAACUCUCAAGCAAUUCGCGGAAACGGAAUCUUUACGUUUGAUAGCUUACAUAAUCGCGUCAGAGGCGGCACACGAUCGUGCAAACGAUGACCUUGGUGAUCUCUUACCGGUGGACCGUCAGCUUGGCCACUUCGAGGAAGCGGAGCCGGAGAUGAUGCCGAAGAGGAGCUGACACUGGUUGUGUGUCGCGCCCGGUUUGUCAUUUCGACGAUAGGACGAGAGACCUCUUGGCGCUUUUGGGAGAGAUGCCACGAGCUUUCGACCGACGUAAGUGCGAGGCACUUGGAGCUGAAUAAGAAAAAGAGAGUGACCACGUGGGACGCGAUUCACGUGCCGGAUGAGACAUGACUGUCAGCUAUACUGCCGAGGUAGCCACUUGCAGGGGCCUCGGUUGCUUCCUCAAAUUGCUAAUCAGAUGGCGGGCGAGCAUUUACAAACUCGUCUGGAUCGAUCUGACGCUCUUCCUCUUCAUCUACUACUGCCUGUCCGGCAUCUACCGAUUUCUGUUGAACGAAGACCAGAAGAAGGUAUUCGAGUCUGUGGUGGCGUACUGCAACGAGUACAGCGAUCUGAUACCGGUGUCAUUUGUCCUGGGUUUCUAUGUCACUAUCGUCAUGAAUAGGUGGUGGAAUCAAUACAUGGGAAUACCGUGGCCCGAUUCCAUCGCGGUCUUCGUAUCGGCCACUAUACACGGCAACGACGAGCGUGGUCGUCUAAUGCGUCGAACGAUACUUAGAUACGUGUGCGUCUGUUUGACUAUGGUCCUAACGAACGUUGCGCCGCGCGUAAAGAAGAGAUUUCCCACGAUGGAGCACUUCGUGGAAAGCGGCUUGUUGCUGGAGAAUGAGUUAGCGAUAUUUCACAGUCUAAACGCGAAAUUCCCGAAGCCGAGUAAGCAUUGGUUGCCGAUAGUUUGGGCUUCGAGCAUCGUGACCCGCGCCCGGAAGGAAGGUCGAAUACGUGACGACUUCGCGGUGAAAACUCUCAUCGACGAACUCAACAAGUUCCGCGGGAUGUGCGGCAGUAUAUCGCAUUACGACACGAUCAGCAUCCCGUUAGUGUACACUCAGGUCGUAACAUUAGCCGUGUAUACGUAUUUCUUGACCACCGUAAUGGGUCGUCAGUGGAUUCAAAAGUCGAACUCGACCAUCGAUCUGUACUUUCCAGUAUUCGCGACAUUGCAAUUCUUCUUCUAUAUGGGUUGGCUGAAAGUAGCCGAAACGUUAAUCAAUCCGUUCGGCGAAGACGACGACGAUUUCGAAGUAAACUGGAUAAUCGAUCGCAAUUUGCAAGUAAGCUACCUAAUCGUCGACGAGAUGCAUCACGAACAUCCUGAACUUAUACGCGAUCAAUAUUGGGAUGAAAUAUUCCCCACGGAACUUCCGUACACUAACGCGUCGCAACUCUACCGCGAGCAACCCCCCGAACCCUCAACAGCCAACAUACAAUUGUCCGCCGCGCAACAAGAACUGCAACCGUCAUCGGUCAAAAUCGACGACAUGAUGCCGGAUGCCGAUCAUAAAUUCCGCUCCGACAUCUUCGACGACGCCGCAUCGGGAAUACAUUUCACCGCGAGUGGAAAGCUGUCCCGAAGCGAUACAGACAGCACCGAGAGACUAAUAAGGAGCGCCAGCAGAGUGAGUAAUCGAGAUCGCAAUCUCAGUGGCGGUUCUACUCCCAGCAAUUUGGGGGAGUCGCUCUCGAGGGUGAGCAGCGUUGCCAAUGUACUUAAGCGACUGUUUAGCAAGGAUGAUAGGCCUGACGGAGGUGCCACGAGUGCCACAAAAGCCACGGGAAAGAUGCCGAGCGUGGGUUCAACAGCUUCGUUGCAGACGCGACCACCUGUACCCGUUGCAGGUGGCUCCAUGAGAAUAGGCGUCAUCGAGGAAGUGGACGAGCAGCUGACACUGACAUCGUUAAGACAAUCGAACGAAACCCGGCCUCACGUACAAAGUAUAUUUGCGCAAGGCCCGCCACCGCCGAGUAAUCCCGUCGACGUUCCUGGUGUCGCACAAUCUUACAAGCGUGACUUCUCCAAGAGUGCACCCGCACGCGGAGGAGCUUUAACUGUAGCUGGCAGUACGGAAUCCGCUCGCGAAAGGCGGAACAUUUUAAGGAAACAGGACUCCAUGCAAUCGAUGAGAUCGAGCGUCACUUAUGACUUACCACCGCCGAGUUACACCGGAAGCGGGAUAAACGACGAUUUGCCCAGUACCACGAGCUCCUCGUGCUCCAGCGACAAUAACGAUAGCGAAUUUACGAAAUUGAAAGUCGAGAGGAAGGAGCAGAGACGUAACCGUAGACUCGCUCGAAGCGCUAAUAUUCUGAACGAAAGUGAAUCCCCCCCAAAAAGUCCUCCCGAGUCGGAAACUCUCCUGUUGACGGAAUUAGCAGACGCGUCGCGACUAAGUAUGGAAACUAGACGCGACAAAGGCGAUCAAACUUAGAAAGAAUACGUUGAUCCUACAUCGACGUUAGUUUACCUGAUUAAGCCUUAAUAACAAGAUAUUCGAUCGAAGUAUAAGAAAAUAGUGUGACAAUACAUUAUUAUGAUAAAUUUGUUACAUGUCUUCGAUGUGCUUACGAAACAAUAUCUUGUGAAACAAUUAUAAAGUUACACAUAUAUACAGAUUUUAUAUUGCGAAUAAUAUUAUUCGUUUUAAAUCAAUUGCGAGAUUUUGCGAUUAGAAAUGUUUUAGCAUUCUGAUAUUCGCUUUAACAACGAAGAGUUUAUAAAGAGUUGAUAAGAAUAUUUUUUACAUGUGUAUAUGUAUAUAUAUAUAACGCAGCAGUACUGUCGUGCGAAAGUUCUUCGCGAAAGCCAGCUGAAAAAAUUUUGGCGUUUCAAUUUGUAGAAAAUAAAAAAUUUUCUUUUAGAUAAUAGUUUGAAUACAAGAACAUGUAAUUGAUCUUGACUACAAUAACUACGCACAAGAUAUUUUCAUAAUCUUUCGAGAGACUUAAAGAUAAGGCAAAAGCUAUAUUAAAAAAACUUUUUGAUGCUGCGAUUGCUGCAAAGGUGCUAUAAUUGCUACAAGCCUUAAUGCUGAAUCAAAGAUAUUCGAUUAAACUAUCUUAAACUAUAUUACAUAUCACAGCAAUUUUGAAAUAGGAAUACUUCGUUUUUGGAAAUUGAAUGAAGAACUUCAAAUUUAUUUAAACAAAAAGAUUCUUUAAACGUAAUACGUACCUUAAGAGAUUUUGUAUUUUAUUAUUUUUUCUACGUAGCUUCAACUUUUGUGUUUUAUCUCAACAUUGCACACGGUGUCUUACUGUACGCUUAAACGACUUGAUUGCUGCUGGUCAUUUUCGAUUAACAUUCCACGAUGUACACGAUUUGUUACGGUGCUACGUGAACCGUUUGUUUUGCAGUAUUAUUGAAAUAAAGUAUUUUUAAUAAGAUA